AUGAAAAUCCUUCCUUUUCUCCUUGCUCUCCUCUUGGUGGCAUUUCAGGGAGCUGCAGGUAGAAGCUUGACAAGACCCAGGAGACCUUACAUGGAGUGUGGGUAUCGUGGGACCUUCUGCCACAGGGGGAAAUGCCCUCAUGGCAAUGAUUACCUGGGCUCCUGUCGCUCUGGGUACAGUUGCUGUAGGUGGUAA